CACACACACAUUCCCUGUGGAACAGAUAAAGAAGACCUAGGAAGCUGAAAAUGACUGCAGGGCUCGGUGACACAAGCUAAAAGGCCAUGCAGUCCUUCCGAGAUCCUGGGGGUUUCCAAGGUAACCAGCAAAACUUCCAGCAGGUCAGAGCUGACUCGUCACGUUUGGAAACCUACAGGCAGCAGAACCCGGUCGCCCAAAGCUACGAGGCCCAUGGGAUCGCCUCAAAGGAAUAUUACAAUCAGCAGCCUUACCAGGGCUACGGGAACAACACCGCUGGAACUUAUUACAGCGGCGUUAAACAGCUUUCUGCCCAGCAAGCACAGGGCAGACCUCUGAGUGCUGCGUCGACUUACCAAAGUGGUGCCUACUCAAGACAAUAUCAGAGCGAAGGUCAGGCUCCGAAAUGGGGGUCUCAAGGCUCUUCAGUGGGGGGUCUAGCCCAGUACGGACAGGACUCAUUUAAAGGCUCUGUUCCUUCCACUGCCAGUGUUCCUGCUUACCAACAGCAGCACAUGCAAGCCAACGCAACCAGGAAUCCCUCUGCCCUGUCCACUCAACAGACCCACUUCAUGCACCAGCCUCACCACAAGUCCAUGAUACAACAGGCCUCCCCCUACAUUGCCAGGUCAGCACAGUUUAACCAGACCUUCCAGUCCUCUCCCACCUCCUACCCAACCGUCCAGGAUUACAGCCACCCCUCCCGCUCGUACGAGGGCUAUGGGCAAGUGCCGGCAAGUUCUCAGUACGACAGGCAAAGCGCAGCCACUCCGGACUAUUCCACUCAAGCUGGUUAUGGGUACAAAGCAGCCAUCGCCAAGUCCGGGGGCUAUGAGCAGAACAAAGCCGCUCAAGUCAAGCAGCACAGCCUCCAGUAUCACAACCAAGCGAAGUUACACCUCCUAAAUCAGUCGCCUCAGGUGUAUUAUCAGCCCGACGCUCCGGUGAAAUCUCCUGAGCAGUUCUAUCAAACUUUCAGCCCCACUUCUAGUCACUCUCCUGUCUCCACUGUGGUCAGGUCACCAUCUUACAGCUCAACCCCAUCCCCACUGAUGGCCAACCCUGAGACUCUGCAAUUCGCCCAGCAAACGGAGGGUGACAUCAAAAGCAACGUCUCCCAUUUGAUGGCAUCGGCGGUGACUUGUACAACGCAAAGCUCCAGCAAGGCUCAGGGCGGAAGCUGCAAAGUGCCCCUCAAGGAUAAAAACGCUGAGAAAUUACUGUCCGAUGGAGCUUUUAGCAGCCUCAUAGCUCUGAGCUCUCAGGUCGAAAACAUCCCUAGAACUGUUCAGCAACUCUUGCUUUCCAACACCCUCGCUCCUCAUAGGAAAAUGGGCAAACGUCUGCCCAAAAAAUCGGAAAUUUUUAAGGGCUCUGAGGAAAAUCUGUAUUCUGAAGAAGGUCUGGGGACACCUCAGUCAGAACCUCUGGGCACACCGCAAUCAGUGCAAACCGAGCUGCAGGAAGGAGAAUAUUCCAGCAGCCCCGAAGACCAGCUGGAGAAAAUCCACUUCUUUCACGGCCAUUGCAGGAACUCUGCGAACCUGGAUGCUUUGCGGAAGAAUCUGGACACCAUCCUGUCCAGCUCGGUCGCCUCAUCCGACGACGUGGCCGCAGAGCCCAAGUCGGACCAGUCAACGCAGGGCGGGGAAAGCUACCCAACGUCCGCAGACUUUGAGAAGUUGGCCGCUGACAGACAACCCACCCCCUUUUCAAAGGAAGACAUGAAAGCCUCCAGUGUCAUCAUUCUGAAGGACUCUUCCAAGGAGAGGUUGGAGCCAGAGCUCCGGUUUAACCAUUUCGGAGGGGAGCAGGAAAGCAAAGGGGCGCAUUUCAAUGUGUACAGCGGUGAGAACUUCGUCGGUCAUUUAAUCCGCCCCAAACGGUCCGGCCAGGGACAAGCUUUUGUCUCCGAUUGCAACCAGGGGACAGCCAAGAGUGACUGCCCAAUGAUGACAAAGGGCUUUGGCGAUACCAUUUACAGCGAAUCGCAAUCUUUUCCGCAUAGAAUGAACUCCACAACCACACUCCAAACUUUGGCAGUGGAUUACAGGGAUAGCUUGAUGCCUCUUUCUAACAAUAACCACGAGUGCUAUUCCUCACAGAUUUCAGGCCCCCCACAGGACUUGGAAAAGCUUAAACUUGUGGAUCUGCCGGACAAGAAAGGGAGGGAUCCCUCUCUGGAGUGGGAGGAACUGGAGGCCAAUCUGUCGCAGUGUGAUCUUCAGAAAAAGUACCUUCAGAAACUCCAGGGCAGCUAUAAACAGGAACAAAGAGCUUUGCAGAAAGACUUGCCUCCUGUGGGGUCGGUCCAAGAAAUGGAAGAGAAGAUGGGGCAAAUGAGAGAAGCGGACGAGGAGGAAAAUGCAGAAAAUAGCGGGAACAGGAUAAACAGCAACUCCGAGUUUCGGCUUCCCGCCGUGGAACGGAAAGAGACCCCCAGGAUCAAAUUGGCGGAAGACGAAGAGCUAACCGUGGAAUCCAAGGCGAAUGCAGUCCUGCAAGAUGCUAUUGCGGCCAUCACUGAGAGGAAAUCUGUCAUCUGUGAUGUGUCGCCCACUCGACACUGUGUGAAGGAGCCGGUCCCUCCUCACCCAGAAGGGAAAUCUGGUUGUACAGAGGAGAAGCUGAACAGCACCGAGAGAGGAGAGGAUAAAGUGGCUUCCAGUGCUGCAGCCCGCCUGCUGGGACACUCCGUUAUCCAUGUGGGACCAGCAAUAGUUACAGAACCGAAGGGCGGUCAAGGAGGCCUUUCCGGAGCCGGGAUGAAGGCGGAUGGAGAAGGUGUGAAAAGCGAAGACAAUCCGAAGGAAGAGGCUCCCCUCCUCCCCGAGGCCACAGAGACUCUGAACUUGCCCACGCUUUCCUCCGACUUAAUCAGCUCGGCGCUGACCGAAAUAGAAAACGCCCCCUCGAAGAUGUCGGGGAGCAAAGGCGCGAGAGUCCGAAGGCUCUCGGCCAGAGCGGCGCAAGGAGCCGGUCUCAGGGGCAAAGAACAUUCGCCGCCCAAACCAGAGGAGAACGUCCAGCCGCUCAAGAUGGUGCCGGCCAAACUGAAAUGUUUGGGGUCACAGAGAGAACGAGCUAAAAAUAAAGGCUGCCAAGAGGGGUUUGCUGCCCCGGAGUCCAUGGCAAAUUUGCCCACCAGAAUGUGCACCCGCUCUUCGAGCGCAUUACUGGACACCGAACUGAGCGUCCAGUCCCGGGGUCUCUUGAGAAAGGGAAUGGUCAGUCACCGGGAGGAUGCUCCAAAGGAAAUGAGCUGUAGCUCCAGGCACAGGUUGAAUUCAGACUCAGACAAGUGUUUAAUCCAGAGGCAUGGUCCCAACCCAAAUCUCAGAGCUCAGCUGACCAGGACCAACAGCAUACCUCACAACAGACCCACCUCCACUGUCCAUCCACAGCAACAGAUAAAGGGCCAAGACCGCUUGUCCCAGGAGUCCCAUUCAUAUAAGUCUCUUGUACUGAGAGCCAGAACCAGGGCUCAGGGAAUGAUUUUGCAAAAAGAUAUAAAACAACGCAAAGGCUGCAAUCUUGUAUCCAGCCGAUGUUUGACCACCAGAAAUAACUCUUCGGUGUCAAAAUCUCAAAGACAGCUGACAGCCAGACACGAGGCAUUGGAUUAUGUCGAAGAGGAGAUGACGGUCGAGAGAUUAAAGGCACGAAAUUCGGCAUUAAGACUAGGGGGACAGGAGGACCAAAGAUUUCCCGUAUCGCACCCUUUGAAGAGAAAAGGUUACUGUUCCCUUUCGCUGAUCCCGGCUAAACGGCAGCAUCAGAUGUUGAAGGGAAACGAUACGAGGACAGAGAAACAGAAACCACUCCCUGGUCCUUGUCCAUCAGAAAGUAACCCAACAGCCCAGUCUAUGUUGGAUGAACCCAUCCAAGGUGAGAGUUGGGAAGGAACUUCCGAACCUUGUCUCAGUAAGGAAACAUCAAACACCGACGGCAACGCCCCGUCCGCUCUCUCCGUGAAGACCACCCCGAAGACAAAAAUUCUUCCCCCUCGGAAAGGUAGGGGCCUCAAACUCGAGGCCAUUGUGCAAAAGAUCACCUCCCCAAACUCAAAAUCAUUUGCCUGUAGCAAUUAUUCAGAUAGCAACGUGACAUGUUUGACCCUGGACGAGAUACUGUCCCUGAAAGAAGAGAAACUUACUGAAAACACCGGUAAUGAGGUGCACCAGGCGAUGAUUGAACAAAACAAAGUGACGUCCAAAGAUGCUUCUUCGAAGAUUGCUCUGGUAGAGUUGAAUAAAAAAUGCCUUAUCGCAUCUAAGAGGUUCAAGGAGGAAAACGAAUCAAGAACUCCGGAAAAGAGCAGCAUUCAUGCGAAGACUGAUGUAAAUCUAACCGCGGACCCAGGGUGUAUUGAAGCGGAAGACAGGCCAAGUGUGAAUCUUUUUCCGAAGGAAAGGACCACGGAAGAAAAAGAGGGAAAAGUCAGAACUAAUACUGACGAAAUUCCUCAGCUUGCCUCCCCUUCCUCUGUUUUGUCUUCUGUUUCAGACCCGGGUCCAAAUGAGGAGUUGGAGAAUCCCCAGGAUCUCCUGGAACUGAAGAGGCAAACUCCCCCGAAAUGUUGCCUCCCCCCUCCGAAGAGGCGCAGUCACCCAAAGGGAAAUAAAAAGGCCAAACAAACCAAGAAUAAUUCUAAAGUGAAGAGGCCCAGUGGACGAGGCGGGAGAAGGAGAAGAAAGCACCUUAAAGGUAGCAAGACUACAAAAGCUGCUCACAGGCGUAAAAGCCAAUUAAAGAGGAGGAAUCUCCCUCUUGUGGAAACCAAAGAACCGGUGAUACGGUUAAAAUACGUGUCCUAUAAAAUGCCAAGAGCAGAGAACAAAGCUAAGAGCUUUUCUCCUUAUAUUCAUGUUGAGAAGAGCAAUGACAUAUCGUCCAUCUGUACAAUCAUUAACACGUUGCCAGAGGAACAGUCGAGGUUCCAAAAGAUGAAGAAAAAGUCUUCAUUCUCCCAGCCCCCUGUAUCAGUCAGCAAAACAUUACCAACAUCCUCCGCUAUGUUACCUGGGCCAGUGGUGCUAGAUUCUGCUAAGCAGGGCUACCUGCUCUGCUGCUUAUGUGGAAGACCGAAGAAUCACAAGGAGCUCGGAGACCUCUUUGGACCGUAUUAUCCAGAGGAUUAUAUACCGCCAGUAACAAAGAACCAGAAUGUCAAGGGGAAAUUGGAGAUGAAGAAUGGAAUCAAAGAGAAGCAGGAUAGGCUCUCCAUUGAAUCAAAAGUUGCCGACUCGGACAAUGAGAGCACUGUCAGUAUUCCGACAGAGGUUCCGCCCAGUCUAGAGAAGGUUCCAUUCAUUCCAGAGAAGGCAACUGAGGUAGAAGAUCAGAACCCGCUUCGGACUAGCUCAAGGGAAAAGUGCAAAAAACUGAGCUGCUACUGCUGCGAGAAAACAGCCGAAGACACUGAGCCGAAGAAGGUGAAGAAGAAGCCAGGCUUGGAAGAGGAACCGCAGCCUCCUGAACUGCCUCUAGACCCCCACGAGCACUGGUUACACGGAGCCUGUGCUGUGUGGACAAGCGGAGUGUACUUGGCUGCAGGGAAGCUGUACGGCCUACAGGAGGCUGUGGAAAUGGCCAGCGAGAUGAGGUGUUCCAUAUGUGAGCAGGCGGGUGCCACUCUGGGCUGCUACACCAAGGGGUGCAAUCAGAAUUACCAUUAUAUCUGUGCCAUUGAGUCAGGUUGCCAAUUAAGUGAGGAGAAUUUUUCAAUGAAGUGCUCAAAGCAUAAGAGCAUGUUGUCUAAAACACUAUAACAUCAGGAAAAUUCCACUGUGCCAAGUGACAUUACCACACAAGGUGUUAAAUACAGACUGCAAACCGAGAACAGUCAAUGAAUGUAUUGUGGAAUAAUGCAGUUAAAGGAAUGGAAAGAUACCAAGAUCUGAAAUACAAAGAGGACACCAACAUAUUGACUCUGUUCGUCAAUGUAUUUUCUCCCCCAUUGAAUCCUCGCUGCAUUUUUUUUCCUGGGGGCUGGGUUGGUGGGGGGCGGGUAAAUAUUAAUAGGUUCUGAGUUUUUUUGAACUGCAAGACGCCUGUGUUAACACUGAUAAUUUAAGCUCCAAACCAUCAAUUGUCUUAAUGUUGCUGUGUAGAUAAUCUUUAAAAGUGGGAUCCAGGGUGUUUUGCAAGGGAACCCAGGAGGACGGGGCAAUGAUACUAACCUGCAGUCUGCUAUUAAAUGAUAACCGAAAACUUCAUGGAUGAGGAAAAUCUAAUUUGUUAAAGUAGGUAAUGAAAUAUGUUUUGAAACAAAGACACAGCUGAUUGCCUUGCCAUGGGUUUUUUAAAAAAGUUUCAUUUUACCGGUUUUAUACAGUCGAAAAUGGGAAACUCCAGUGUCUCCAAAGUACUGCAGGAGAUUCACUGACACAGUGAGUAUUCCCUUUAUCACACUUGGCAGUGUUCUGAUUAUUUUGAGUUUGCAAAAUUAAUUUUUGUAAAUUUUUUUUAAACAAUAAACAAAGAUAGAGGCCAUCAGACAUCACCAUGGACACACUUGCCAAUAUGUCAACCCUGGAAAUGGAAGGAGUGGAGGAAUUAUUUUUCCUGCAAUUAUCCAUGUACCCAAGUGUGAUAAAGAUGAUUAUUGCAAAUUAAUGGAACCGGAGGUGUCUAGAUAGUCUGAUAUCUACUGGGAAGAGACCCACAACUUUAAGCUCCUUCUUUCAAUGUGUAAUGUAAUGUACUGUACAUGUACCUGUAAUGCAAUGCCACUUUUUAGGAAUAAAAAGCAAUCUAGCC